UGCGGCGAGACCUCCAAAUCGAGGGAAUCACACGGGGAACGACUCGUCUCUCUCCACCCCCGCAACCCUAUCGCUCGCUCGCUCCUCUCCGGUGCGCCGCGCCGCGCCGCGCCGAUCUCCUCAGGUGCGCCGCCGGCCGCCCGGCCCUCUCCCUCCCUCCCUGCUGCGCCCGCCGCCGGCCCUCUCCCUAGCCCCAGCUCGUGCACGCCGCGGGCCCUCUCUCUCGCUCGCUCCACAUCUCGCGCCGCCGGAGCCGGACCUGUCCCUCGAUCCAUCUCCCGCGCCACCGGUUUCCGCCCCCCCUGCGCCGCCGGCGUGUGCGCAGGCCUCCAGCCCUCUCUUCCUUGGACCCCCGUCCACGCAGCCGGGCUUUGGGCGACCCCCUGCUCCUCGGACCGUUCGGCGCCCCCCAUCUGCUCGUCGGAGUUUUAUUUUAGGUGAAUAUAAAGGACUGAAAUGGCUGAAAAUUGGGUAGAAGGCUCAAAAAAUACUUCUGCUCCGACGUCAUUCUCUGGAUCGCCCCCUGGUUGUCACACCGCUUCAACAAGAAGAUCAAGGCAAAGGAACAUAUUUCAUCUAUUAAGUCAUCGAGAGGUGUCUCCUCGAACAAAACACCAAGCUAAAAGGCAUUGGAAUAAGCCUCCGGCUUGCGGCGCUGGUUACAGUGAGUUAAGAUAUUUAGCUACAGAUGCCAAACAUGAUUUAUUUUCAUGGGCAGAAUCACAGUCCCUGCAUCGUUGGUCUGCAAAGUAUUGCCCUCUUAUGCCACCCCCUAGGUCAACUAUUGCAGCUGCAUUCAGUUCGGAUGGGAAAACACUUGCAUCAACACAUGGUGACCAUACUGUUAAAAUAAUUGACUGCCAAACAGGGAAAUGUUUGAAAGUGUUGGGUGGGCAUCGGCGCACACCUUGGGUGGUUAGAUACCAUCCCUUACAUCCUGAUAUACUUGCCAGCGGGAGUUUGGAUCAUGAAGUCCGUCUUUGGGAUGCUAAUACCUCAGAUUGUAUUGGAUCUCAGGAUUUCCAGAGGCCAAUUGCAUCCAUUGCGUUUCAUGCAAGGGGGGAGAUUCUGGCAGUUGCAUCAGGUCACAAAUUGUUCAUAUGGAACUACAAUAGGCGAGGGGAGUCUUCUGCCCCACCCAUUAUAUUAAGAACCCGCCGUUCGUUGAGAGCUGUGCAUUUCCACCCUCAUGGUGCUCCAUAUCUUCUUACGGCAGAGGUUAACAAUCUUGACUCCGCAGACUCACAGCUGACCCAUGCAACAUCUACUGGCUAUUCGAACUAUCCCUCAGCUUUGUUUUUUGCAAACAUCAACUCUAGAGGGUAUCCACAUCUUGAGUCUAAUAUGUCAUCACCUUGCCUAAUUUGGCCUGCAUUCCUCAGAGAUGAUGGAAGUCUAUAUAUUCCUCGAAAUGACUUGGCUAGUGGUUCAACCAAUGUGCAGCAGAGUUCAUCAUCUUUAGCUCAAAAUGUAUUGGCGUCAGAUGCUGAAAACCAGCAGUCUGACCACUUUGUAACCCCUAUGGAUGUAUGUCCAGGGGAACCAUCUGCGUCUAGUGAUGUUCAAAUGCCUUCCACGAGCAACAGCCUGCCACUUCCGGCAAUAGCCAGGCCUUCAGGAUCUGCUGUUGAUCGUAUGCCAGUGAAUUCAUUCACCACUAGCGGGUUAGAUGUUCAAAUGUUUCUAAGAAAUUCAGAGGGUGGAAAUCACCAUCACGAUCUCUUGAGUGACUCGCGUAGCUGGGAGCUGCCUUUUUUGCAUGGUUGGUUGAUGGCCCAAAGUCAGACAGGUGCUUCUUCAUCGAUACCGAUUCCCGCUGGCAGUACUAGAGGAUCAAAUCGACACUAUGCCUCACGCCCUCAUGCUUUGGCCUCUGUACCAGGGGUUGGGAAUUCACUUUUGGGUCCACACGAUGAAGCUGAGGCUCGUGCUGCGUCCUUAGGUGUUGGAUCAGAACUUGCUACCUCACUGUUUUCUGCCGGCGCUGCUGAAUUACCUUGUACGGUGAAGCUUAGAGUAUGGCGGCAUGAUAUCAAGAAUCCAUGUGUUGCAUUAGAAACCAAGGCGUGCUGCUUGACAAUCUCUCAUGCCGUUCUUUGCAGUGAAAUGGGUGCCCAUUUCUCCCCUUGUGGACGAUUUCUGGUCGCUUGUGUUGCAUGUUUGCUGCCUCAAACAGAAGGUGACCAGGGUAGCCAAUUACCUGUGCAGUAUGAGUCUACAGGAGCUGGAACAUCACCAACUCGUCACCCACUUCCCUCCCAUGGAGUGAUUUAUGAGCUUCGGGUUUAUUCUCUUGAGGAGGCAACAUUUGGAGAAAUUCUCACGUCCAGAGCAAUAAGAGCGGCUCAUUGUUUAACUUCCAUUCAGUUCUCUCCUACUUCAGAACACAUACUGUUGGCAUAUGGACGUCGUCAUAGCUCGCUGCUCAGGAGCAUUGUUAUGGAUGCGGAGACGACUGGAAUUCCUGUAUAUACUAUCUUAGAGGUUUACAGAGUUUCGGACAUGGAGCUGGUAAGAGUUCUUCCUAGUGCUGAAGAUGAAGUCAAUGUUGCAUGCUUUCAUCCUUCCCCUGGAGGUGGUCUUGUUUAUGGGACUAAGGAAGGGAAGCUCAGGAUCCUACAACACAAUGGCGCAGACGCUGCAAGCAUGGGGCUGAAUUGCUUUAUCGAGGAAAAUAUGCUUGAGGUUCAGAGGUAUGCUUUGGAAGGCUGAAUGUUCAUUUGUGUCAUGAGCUUAUAUGUGUACCUUCCCUGCAGGAACUUUUGUCUGCAAGCUCCAUUUUUGUUUAGGAGAGCCUCAUGGACUAAAUCACCAGAUAUCAGCAGGGGCCUCCGACUAAAUCUUUCAAGAGGCAGAUGACUCUCCAUGAGUUUGUUCAAAGGCAAUGUACUGAUCUAUUGCUGGUUUCCAGAGAAUGCUGUGGGCCUACUCUAAUCGUGCAUCGUUUUGCAACUUUUAACUCAGGUCUGUGCACAGGCGGUGUGAAGAUGUAAAUUUGGCAUGGUCAUCGUUGCUGUCAAGUUCCCACGACCCUGUAAUUAUAAAACUGUACAUGUAAUCUCCAAUGAGCUUAAAACAACCGCUGUUGUAUUUUAGAAAGCUCGCAAUACUAAUCCUUGAGUUUUUUUUUGUGGGAAAUGUUUGUAGUAUUUCUGUCGUGACCAAUGCCAGUGACUUGCAUUAACAAAUCUUUGUAUUGUGUCAGCGUUAUUUGGUUCCCCUUUUUGCUUGCAGAAAA